CGGGUGGCCGCUGGAUCGUGCGGUCAAUGGGAGUCAUUUGUCCAAGGAAAAACCCCUGCGUAACAGAACCCAGAGACUAUCGCUGAAGAAUUAAGACUCUUAAUCCCACCUCUCUAUCGCCUCCCCUUUCCUCCCUCGCCCUCUCCCCAAUCCCUCUCGAAUCCCCACCCAAUCUCGGUCGUUUGUGAGGAUUCCUUCCGCAUGCAGGGAUGGCGUGGACUUUCGGCGCUGGACAAGGAAACGGCGGCCGCCGCGGUGUCGGCCUAGGCGGUGGAACCGCUGGUUUCGGCGCCGGCGCUGGCCCGUUCGCCGGCAACUUCGGCAGCGGCAGGGAUAAUGCCGGCCAGAUCGUGUUUGGUGAUGGGAGCGGAUUCGGUGGCGGUGGCGGUGGCCCCAGCUUCGGCCAGCAAGCCGGCUCCCCUGCUCACCUGGCGGCCGCACUUUCUUCUGGUAUCGUGGCCGGCGGCGGAUCUCAAGGCGGACAAAUUACUGUCGAGAAGGUCCCGGGCUUUCGUAUGCGCGUUGAUUCAGAUGAUGAAAUGUCCGGUCACGAUUGGCCGGCCUCUUGGUUUCGGGUGGUAGAACGGCCCAUCAAGAAGCAAAAACAUGAAGAAAAACCAUCUCUCUUCAGCUUUCAGAAGCAGCGGGAUUGCCCGGACUCUUGGUCCAAACUUCCCUCGAAGAAGAAGAAGAAGAAGAAGAAGAAGAAGAAGAAGCAGCAAAAACAUGAAGACGAACCAUACACCCUGAGCUCUGAUGAGCUGCAGGAGUUUAUAGCAACCUGGAGGGAGCCGUGCCUAAAACAUCCAGUUGGCACGAUCCUGGAAUCCAUGCUAAACAGCUAUAACUGUGACACGCUAACCCCAGAACAAAUGAACAGAGUGAAAACAAUAUUCGCGCAAUACCCUUCCAUUGGCUUGCUCAAUGCUGCUGUUAGAUCAAUUGGAGCUCCUUUAUGUCCGUCAUUAGAACUUGCCGUUCCUGAAGGCACGGAUCAUAAACCUGGAUGCAGUAAUGAGGGCAGCAAUAAACCUCGAGACAGUGUUCCAAUUGAUGAUGUCAUCAAAAGAACAAUUGCAUAUUUUGAAUCCAACAUUGGAGUAAGUGAAGGAUCUUUGCAACUGAAGAAUAUUUUCUCUCUGAAGAAAUUUCAUGAAUGUGAAUCAUGGGUAACCAGCCAUUUUUCAGCCCAUCAAUUUAGUGCUCUUGGCCAUGGGUCUUUCCUUCAGUUUUUGGAUAGACAUGGUCAUCAUUUCCCCCCUAACUGUAGUGGUUUCUUAAAUGGGGAGCUUUCUAGUUCUUCCUCUCUGGAAGUUUGUGUAAUGCAUUAACAAAUUGAAGUUUUACUCUGUCAAGCUGAGAGUAACUGGCUGGAAAAUGGUGAAUUUUCAGUGGAUAGUCUCCUUAUGCUUCUGAAAAGGCAGUUUCCAACAAUCACUGUUGAUAUAGCGCAAAACAAAUUAGGAGGACUCAUUGGCACUAUUGAGGCUCAAAGAAAGAGCAUGCAGACAAACACCACCAAAUUUUCCGUUGCACUGUUGCAGAAACGCUGGUCUGGGAUUUUGCUAGGUAAUGGUGAUGUGUUGGAGAAUGAUAUUGCUCCACAAUCUUAUCCUAGUUCAGUUUCUUCACAAGAAGCAAUUAAAUGCUUACUCAAGGCUCCCUUCUUGUCUGAUCUUCUUCUUUGGUCAAAUUGGGAUAUGCUGUUUGCUCCUUCACUGGGCUCCUUAAUGCAUUGGUUGCUAAAUACAGGUCCAAUUCAAGAUUUAUCAUGCAUUGUGACCAGAGAUGGCAGGUUCGUUAGAAUAGAUCCAUCAGCCACUGUUGAGCAUUUUCUAGAAGCUGUCAUUCAGCAAUCACCGUAUCAAGUGGCAGUGAAGCUGCUAUCCUUGCUACACAUUUACAAUGGUUCUAGCAAUGCUCCAAUUUCGUUACUGAAGUGUUAUGCACAACGAGCAAUAGAUGCUAUAAUGAAUAGCAACAUUGAUUUGAUCAGCACUGGUUCUGAAGGGGGAAAAAUAUGUACGAGGAAGUGCAUACACAAAUUGCUGAACAGCAUAGCUUUUCUUCUCAUUAUAUUGGUCGUAUUCAAGGAAAUCCUGAAAACACUUGUGUAAGAAAGAUUACAUCUAAAAGCUUAUUAAACAUUGACCACACUCUUCAGUUGAUCGCGAAAUUUAUACUAGACUGUCUUGGCCAUCUACCUUCUGAAUUCUGGAGUCUGGCAGCAGAUAUGCUAUUGUCAGGACUUCGGACUGUUGCUAAGAAUUGCUAUUCAUCCAUCUUGCAUGCAUGCAAUGAAACUUGGCAGCUUUGCAUGCUUCGCAACAUUGGAUCAUCACUUGGAAUCGCUGAAUGGGUUGAAGAUUGUCCCACAACAUGUCGGACUGAAGAUGCUUAUGGAAACAGAGAAACUAAUUCAUCUUCUUGUCAUGCAUCGGCUGUUUCUGGAGGUCAUCCACAUAAAAAUACUAACAUGCUUACUACCACAGAUGAUGACAUGGUAGUAAAUGAGAGAAGUAAAUCGUUUCCUGGCUUGGAGGCUAUAGAUGAUGAAAAUGCACAAGAUUUAGAUCCUGAUGGAAGCAAGGCAGAUAUGGCUGAAUUACUAGCUACUAACAAGCCCCCAGCGAUUGAAGAAAUAAAUCUUGAGAAAGCAGCUCUUAUUAUUGAAACUAUACGUCAAGAGGGGUUUGGUUUGGAUCAGACACUAAGUUAUACUGAUAGCAGCUUGCUGAAAAAGCAGCAUGCUCGACUUGGCAGAGCCCUUCAUUGUCUCUCACAAGAGCUAUAUUCCCAGGACUCUCACAUAAUCCUUGAGCUGAUACAGAAUGCUGAUGACAAUACUUAUCUCAAGGAUGUCGAACCAACAUUAGCGUUUGUUCUUCAGGAUGAUGGAAUUGCUGUUCUUAAUAACGAGACGGGCUUUUCUGCUGAUAACAUUAGAGCGUUGUGUGACAUUGGUAAUUCUACAAAGAAAGGGUCAAACAUGGGGUAUAUUGGAAAUAAAGGCAUUAGAUUCAAGUCAGUAUUUCGGGUAACUGAUGCUCCAGAGAUCCAUUCAAAUGGUUUUCAUGUGAAAUUCGACAUUACAGAAGGCCAGAUUGGUUUUAUCUUGCCGACUGCAAUUCCACCUUUUGAUACUAACUCUUUGAGUAGAAUGUUAUCUCCUGAAGAUAGCACGAUGCAUGCUCCUCCUGGAACACCUGUAUUUUGCUCCCUUUCAGGUCAAACUUCAGGGAGGGCACUGGUAUGUGCUCCGUCGUGUCCAUGUUUUCAGAUCUUGACCCAUCUCUGCUCUUGUUCCUUCACAGGCUAAAAUGCAUCAAAUUCAAAAAUAUGCUCAGUGAGAAAUUUCUAAUAAUGAGAAGAAAAUCUCUUGCCGAUGGCAUUGUGAAAAUCUCACAUGGGAAUGAGACAGUGAGCUGGUUGGUAGUUACUAAGAAAUUACAGGGCUCGCUUGUUCGUCAUGAUGUCUGUAGCACAGAGAUAGCUAUGGCAUUUUCUUUGCAGGAGACAGAGGAUGGAGAGUAUGAACCUUAUUUAAAGCAACAACCUGUGUUUGCUUUCCUUCCUCUAAGGUACUACGGUCUUAAAUUCAUUCUUCAAGGAGAUUUUGUCUUGCCUUCUUCUAGAGAAGAAGUGGAUGCAGAUAGCGCAUGGAACCAAUGGUUGCUGUCUGAAUUCCCAUCUUUAUUUGUUAGCAUACAAGAAUCUUUUUGUGCUCUGCCUUGCUUCCGAAAGUGCCCUGGAAAAGCUGUUACAGCCUUGAUGAGUUUUGUGCCUCUACCGGGAGAAGUUCAUGGGUUCUUUUCUCAGCUCCCUCAUUUGAUCCUUUCCAAGUUGCGCCUGACCUGCUGCAUGGUUUUGGAGGGCUCCAGUUUGCAGUGGGUCCACCCAUGCAACACACUAAGGGGUUGGGAUGAACAGGCUAGAAAGCUAUUGCCUGAUACCAUACUCCAUGAACAUCUUCACAUUGGAUAUUUAUCAAAAGAUGUUACUGUAUCCGAUACAUUAUCAAGGGCCUUAGGUAUACAUGAGUAUGGACCGAAAGUUUUGACUGAUGUUAUGUCAUCUAUUUGCCAAAUUGAUGGUUGCAUUGAGUCACUGGGACUGGAAUGGCUAUGUGCUUGGUUUGUUACACUUCAUUCGGCGUUGCUGUCUCAUUCUUCUCAGGAUCUUCCCUUUAGAACAAAUUUUGAAAGUGAUACUUUAUGUUCUCUCAGGAAAAUGCAAUGCAUCCCACUUUCAGAUGGUUCAUUUCGCUGUAUAGCAGAUGGCCCAAUAUGGUUGAAUUGUGAUCUUCUCGACUCUCCGCCUGGAUCCAAAAUCAGCAUGCAGAGCUUCCCAGUUCUGUACAGUAGCCUUCGCAUUGUGAGCCCACACAUCCUCUCCAUGUCCUGCAAAAAUAGUUACAUUGUCGAAGAGACGAGAACAAAUGACCUUAUAGAUAUUUUAUUGAAAGUUGGUGUGCUGAAGUUGUCUGGACAUGACAUUAUAAAAAAUCACAUCCUGGUGUCAUUGUCUAAUGCUACAGAUGCUAAUCCAGAAGAGAAAAUGAUGACAGAAUAUAUGAGUUUUAUCAUGCUACAUCUUCAGCCCCCCUGUAUAAGCUGCAACCCAGAGAAAGAAGAGAUUGUCUCAGAAUUACGCAAGAUGCCUGUCUUACUUACGAACAAUGGCUAUAAGUGCCCAGCUGAUGUACCCAUUCACUUCAGUAAACAUUAUGGAAAUUCUGUGGACAUAGGCAAGCUCCUUCAGAAUGUAGAUAUGGCAUGGAUUGAACUUGACACUUGUUAUUUGACACAUCAUAGUUCCGCUUCACUGCAAUUCAAUUUGCAAAGUUGGAGGCAAUUUUUCGAGCAGUUAGGCGUGACCGAUUUUGUUCAGGUAAUGGAAGUUGAGAAAAAUAUAUUUGAGGCUGAUGACUUUCAAAAUGGUACUCCCUUCCAAGGUGGCAUACCUGGAACACCUUAUAUUGUGUAUGACUGGGAGUCGCCAGAAUUGACGACUAUGUUAUCAAUACUCACCUCAAAGAAUUUGUGAGAAAAUUGUAUAUAUCUUCUGAAGGUUCUAGACAAAUACUGGAAUGAUUGUUAUAGUACAAAAUGUAGGAGUCUCACAAAUGCAACAGAUUGUGGUGAAAAGAGAAAAGUUGACUCUUCCUUUAUGAAGUGUCUGCGAAACUUCAAGUAUGGAUGAGGACCUUCAUUACGCAGGAGAUCUAUUUUGUGAUUUUAAAAAUGUGCGCUCUCUUCUUGGCAGCGUCGCCCCAUAUGCUAAACCACUGUUAUCAAGCACAUUACUUAGGAAGGACAUUGGAUUCAAGACAACAGUAUCCCACAGUGACGCUUUAUUGAUCCUCAAUCACUGGAUAGCAUCACAAGCUAAUUUUAGUGCAAGAAUGGACCAGAUGUGCAAAUUCUACACCUUCAUGUCAGAAGGUGCCGCUAGUGGAGAUAUCAACAUUAAACGCGAUUUCCUACCACUCUGCUCUAUAUUUACACCACUGCAUGGUUCACCAUCAACUGAUUCUGUAACCGGGAGAUUUAUGUCUUCAAAUGAUUUGUAUUGGCAUGACCCAACAGGCUGUUGUGAAAAGAUAUAUGCAUCCAUUUUAAUGAAGGGGAAUAUGUUUCCGAGAAAGAUGUUAUCUGUGGCUUAUCCAAGCCUCCAUGAAUUCUUUACUGAGACAUGUGGUGUACCAAAGAUACCAACGACAUCUGAGUACCUUGAGAUACUGCUCCGGCUAUCAAGUGUUGCAUUGCCUUCACAAGUAGCCAAUCAUGUGUUUCGUGUAUUUGUGAGAUGGGCUAAUGAUCUCCAUUCUGGAAGUUAUAAGAUGGACGAUAUCUUGUUCUUGAAAGAAUCUCUUCAGAAGUUGGAAACAACAGUAUUGCCAACCCUGGGUUGCAGAUGGGUGUCCCUCCAUCCAUCUUUUGGUCUUGUUUGCUGGGCAGAUGACGAUGAGCUGAAGCAGCAAUUUCAGAACACUCGUGAGGUCGAAUUUAUACAAUUUGGUGAACUUUCUCUUGAUGACAAACAAAAACUCGAUGGGAGGGUUGCUGCAUUGAUGAACAUUAUAGGUAUUCCGGCACUUUCUAAGGUUGUGUAUCGCGAACCAAUGCAUUCUGGUACAGGGAACAACAGAGGAAAGGCUAGUUUACUUAAUUGGCUUUUACCAUAUAUGCAACGUUACAUCUACAAGAUGCAUGGAGAUACUUACAAUAAAUUUCAGCAAAAUGAGGCCACGAAGCUUAGCAGUCUUGAAGUUAUUGUUGUUGAGAAGUUAUCCUACAAGUAUAUGCUGAAAGGACGUGAUAGUUCUUGUGAGGGAAGAUUUGAAUGCUCUUGUCUUUUACAGGGAAAUAUUUUAUAUGCUACUCAAGAAGCUGAUUCACAUUCGAUUCUUCUGGAAAUUUCUAAACUUUUCUUUGAUGGAUCUGUUGAUCUACACUUCGCAAAUUUUCUUCACAUGGUCAAAACCAUGUCAGAAUCUGGCUCCGCAGUGGAACAAAUUGAGUUUUUUAUUGUCAAUAAUCAGAAGGUGCCUCUGUUGCCUGAACAGGAACCUGCUUGGUCCUUUUCUUCAUCGUUUGUCGUCGAGGAAAUAUUUAGUUCCCCAACAGCUGAACUCCAACCUCCGGAUGAACCCAGACGCCCCCUCAAGCGUAAGAAGAACCCAGGAAUCAUUGAAUGCCACCCUCCGAAUAAUCCUGAAACAGCACCUGAUCUUGAAACCUCUUACAUAAGCCAGCAAGACAUAAAGGUGAAUGAUAUUGCAUCUUCAUCAGAGCUUAGCAAGCCUGUCGUGUGUGGACCCAUGGAAGAUACUUCGGUUCCCAUCAAGGUUGAAGGGGAUCAUGUCGUGAAAGAGAAUUCAACAACAGAACAUAUGCUAGGCGUACAGAGUACAAUGGAAGUUGAUGAUGAGCCUGCUUGUUUGGACUUGGAAGCAGGAAGCUCACCAAGUCUGAUUGAUGAAACUGAGCUAACCGACAUUGAUGAGAAACUUGCUGAUGUUGCAGAAGAUGGAAGCGAGCUAGGAGCUGGCACACCUGGUAAAGCCACAGUUCAAAAGCCAGAUGAGCGGUCAAGAACCGGCAGGCUUGGUGAAGCUGCGGUACACCAAUACCUUGCCGGGCAGCUGGGACCUAGCAAUGUCAAGUGGGUGAACGAAGAGAAGGAAUCGGGGCUUCCCUAUGACAUUGUCAUCACGCCCGAGGGUGGCGCCGCAGAGUAUGUGGAGGUGAAGGCGACCGUGACUUCAAACUAGGACUGGUUCCACAUCACACCCAAUGAAUGGCAAUUCGCGCUUGAGAAAGGGGAUUCGUUCAGCAUCGCCCAUGUCGUGCUGAAAGGUUCAGAGAAAGCGAAUAUAAUGAUGAUGAAGAAUCCGCAGAAGCUCUGCCACCAGAAGGUCGACGAUUUGAAUUUUGCGCUUGUUAUGUCGAAAAAAUAUAGAAAACUCAACCAAAUCUCAGUUUCGUUGAAGCCCGAUGCGAAAUCACUGACCCCCGACGAAUCUGCAUCUUGAUCAAGCCUUUGUCACGCAGCGAUGCCUCCGUGAUUUCUAACUCUCAGAUUUUGUAUAUAACUAGUGUAGCAGUGUGUAGCUCAUCUGUAGAGAAGUACCAGCGUAGGUGUAGCUCUCUAACCUGUCCCUUCGGCGGAUGUUACCUGAACGUGCUUAGUGAUGGCAAUCUAGUGAGUGAAUGUCUCUGUCUCCA